AUGCGAGGGGAGUAUGUUGGGGCUGGCAUUGCUUGUGCCCCUGGGGAGCACCAUUGCCUGAUCAAAGCACUUCAGUUACUGGCAUGGCAGCAGCGAUGCUCCUCGUCUUCUCUGCCCUUUCCUGCCCCACAGAUCCCCCAAUCGUAUCCUCCUUGCCACUCCACUGCCUGCCAUCCUCUGCUCCUUGUGUGUGCCCCCCGCGAGCGGGCGUGUGUGGCAGUGACAGAGUCAACUGGUGUUUGGGGGGCACGUGCAUCGACCGCGGCGGCGAGGCCUUUACCUGCGUCUGUCUGCCCAACCACCGCUCUCAUGGCCAAUACUGUGAAUUGGGAGGCCAUUUCGUCCAUCACAGUCACAGGCAGCAACUGGAGGUGCAAGGACGUGUACACCAUGUAUGGCCUCACACUGCAGCAGUUCACCGACAUGAAUGAGGAUAUCGACUGCUCCGCUCUCCUUCCUCAGGGUCGCGAGCUCGCUGUGCGUGAGCUUCUGCAACCUUGCACUGCGUUCUACUACAUCCAGCCUGCCGACACAUGCUCGUCCGUGGCUCAGUUUCUCAGCAUCACCGAGAAGAGCUUGCAGCAGCUCAACCCCGAUGUUAGGUGCCCCACUCGCCUCCCUGCGUUCCACGCUCUGUGUGUGGAGCGCGACCCAGCCAAGGCGAGGCCGCGAUGUGUACAGGAGAUACGGAUCGGCAGCGUGGUGGACUUCAAGCAGGUAGCAGCAGCCAAUGGAGCCACCGUCUUGGACCUCUGCAGGCUCAACCCCUGGAUCUCCUUCCGCGAUUCUCCGCGCGAGAUUGAUGGUGUAAGUUUGGGCUGCUCUACUGUGAAGGGUGUAUUGAUCUAA